GGAAAAAAAAAAGAAAGGAGGAAAAAAGCAAACCCUGCUGUGGUACUACAUCUGGAAUACAGAGACUCGUGCUUUGAGAAUCUAUAGUGGGAUCACAUAGUAAACGCGACCUAGUGUUUUCUUCCUGCUCUCUUUCGCUUUUAACGGAUUUUUAAUCUCUCCUUCACCUAAGAGCCCCCAAAAUGCUGGCCAUUCUGCUUGCAACGUUAUUCUUGCAUCUGGCAGACCUUAUCAUUCUCUUCGUUUCCACAUGUGCUAAUGCCUGGAGAAAAUAUGGAGAUGCAAGUUAUAACCUCUGGAACUGCAAAGAAAGUAAUGGUCAUUCGUGCAGUGAAGAUUGGCUCCAAGCAGUGCAGGCGCUCAUGGUCCUCGCCACCCUUUUCUCCCUGAUCUCCUUCAUCAUCUUUCUCUGCCAGCUCUUCACUCUCGUAAAGGGAGGUCGUUUCUUUUUCACGGCCGUCUUCCAGGUCCUCGCCAGUCUGUUCGUGAUGAGCGGGGCCAUCAUCUACACAGUGAUGAGUCCGGAGAUGAGUUCAGAGAUGAGUACGUACGGUUACGCUUUCGUCCUGGCCUGGCUGGCCUUCCCUCUCACGCUCAUCAGUGGCUUAAUUUACAUUGUCCUGAGGAAGAAAGAAUGAGAGUUCAGCCCUCAGGGAUUGUGCUAGAACUGAGAACACUACUCAGCUGACAGACUCUAACCAAACGGCCGUCUCCUCCAGGCCUGAAUAUUUAGACCUAAUGUGAUCAACCAAAACUGACAGUUCAUGAAGAUUCAAUACAGAGAGGACACAAUGGUUGUCUUUGGCUGGUGAGCCUAUUUAUAUCACUUUUUCAUGGCUUUUUUUGUAAAUAGUAAUGCUAUGGCGUGUCAACGAAGGCCCUGACUUUUUAAAGUUGUACUCAAGGAGGAAAGAUAUAGGAAAAGUAUAAAUCGUUUAGUUUGUUUUGCAUUGUGUGGUAUAACCCUUUUCCAAUAUCUUGUUUUUUAAAUGUCAUAAUAAAGUGUAUUCUCGAAGGGA